AUAAAAGUACUCGCGCCGAAACCAGAUUUACAAUUUAACUUAUUUUGUCAAACUGCUAGUCAAAGCAUUUAACUUACAUUAUAAAAAUGAAUACCUUCCUGAAAAUUUGCUUGAUGGUUUUUGUUGUAGCUAUUCUCACUGCAUGCUCAGAAGCACAAUAUAAUGGCUACAAUGGGGCUGCAAGGGGUGGUCGUGGUUUCGGAGGUGGACGUGGAUAUGGGGGAAGACCUGUAAAUCAAGGAAAUCAAGGCGGAGAUACUUCUCAAGGCAACAACCAAGAUGGCUACAAUGUAAACUAUGGUCAAGGAGAUCUUAACAACAAUCAGAGAAAUCAAGGAUCUCAACAAGGCUUUCAACGAAACCUAAAUGGAGGAUACUAUUAGAAAGAACAUUAUGAAAAUUAUAACCAAUGUUCUAGCACAUAAAUAAAACUAGUUAUAUAAA